AUGAACAAACAGUGGAUCCAGUGUAUAAUUCGUAUCGACAGCUCAAGGGACGUCUGUCUCGAGGACGCAGUUGCCCAGUACGAGGCCGACCUGCCAUCGCCGGAGUUGUUUCCGAUGGAACUUAACAGGUGGAAAAAACACUUUAUGUCCGACCCGCCAGAGGUGCGACCGGCCUCUCCCGCAGAGGCGGUCAAGCGCUGUGAUGUCACAAUGUCUCCGAAUGUCGGCGUUUUGUUGAAAAUCGCCUGUACUCUGCCAGAAACAUCGUGCGAGUGUGAGAGAAGUUUCAGUGCCCUACGAUGGUUGAACAACUACAUGCGGGCUUCGAUGGGAAAGAUGCGGCUGUCCAACCUGGCACUUAUCCAUAUCCACUACGACACUGACAUAGAUCUAGACAAAGUAGUUGAUUGUUUUGCUCUACUCAACCCCCGCAGACUAGAACUGGAGAACCUGUUGAAAGACCGCUAA